UAUAACCUCUAACAAGUGAAACGAGAUCCUCACUUAUAUGUUAGAUGAGAGAAGAUAGAGAGAGAGAGAAAGCGAUUGAGAGAAAAAGUUUCUUCUCUCCUUUCUCUCACACUCGAUUUAUAUCUCUAUAAAUAAAAAAAGAGAGCAUCCUCAGCUUCAUUUCAUCUUCCAAUAACUGACUUGUGCCGUGUGUGCUUCCCAUUUUUCUCGAAACCAUUGUCGUCAUCGCGUGAUGGAAGUUGUUGACGAUUCGAUGAAUCGAAAAUUUUUGCAGGAGAAAAAACGUGGAGGCUGGAGAGCUAUUACGUUCAUCCUAGGAAAUGAGACGUUGGAGAAGUUAGGAUCGAUAGGAGUAUCGGCAAAUUUUAUGUUGUAUUUGAGAAAUGUGUUCCACAUGGAACCGGUGGAAGCUUCUAACGUCUACUACUUAUGGAUGGGUCUUACCAACUUCGCUCCACUCCUUGGCGCAUUGAUCUCCGACGCCUACAUUGGCCGCUUCAAGACCAUUGCUUACGCAUCCUUCUUCGCACUUCUCGGGCUUAUGACGGUGACACUCACAGCCUGCAUGCCUCAACUCCACCCACCACCGUGCAACAACCCCCAUCCAGACGAAUGUGACGAUCCGAACAAACUCCAGCUCGGGAUUCUGUUCCUCGGUCUUGGCUUCCUAUCCAUCGGAAGCGGUGGAAUCCGACCUUGCAGCAUCCCGUUUGGAGUUGACCAAUUUGACCAACGAACAGAGCAAGGCCUCAAAGGAAUGGCUAGUUUCUUUAACUGGUACUACUUGACCUUAACCGUGGUUCUCAUCUUUUCGCAUACCGUCGUGGUCUACUUACAGACCGUUAGUUGGAUCAUCGGGUUUAGCAUCCCGACCGGUUUAAUGGCUUGUGCGGUGGUUAUGUUCUUUGUCGGUACGCGGUUUUACGUGUAUGUCAAACCGGAAGGGAGUGUAUUCUCGGGCAUUGCUCGGGUCAUCGUGGCUGCUCGUAAGAAGCGGAACCUCGAGAUUCCGGCAGUGGAUGAUGGGACAGUAGAGUAUUAUGACCCGCCGGUGAAACCUGGCGUAUUAUCCAAGUUACCUCUUACCAGCCAGUUCAAGUUUCUGGACAAAGGAGCGGUGAUAACAGAGGGUGAUCUUACAUCUGAAGGAGCUCCAGCGCAUAAGUGGCGGCUAUGUAGUGUUCAAGAAGUUGAAGAGGUCAAGUGUCUGAUCAGAGUCGUUCCGAUUUGGUCUGCUGGGAUAAUCUCAAUCGUUGCAAUGAGCACACAAGCAACUUUUAUAGUCUUUCAAGCUAUGAAAAUGGAUCGACACAUGGGUCCGCAUUUUGAGAUCCCGGCCGCUUCUGUAGUCGUUAUUUCUUACAUCACUAUAGGCAUUUGGUUGCCUAUCUACGACCGUCUCUUAGUCCCCUCCCUUUGGCGAAUCCGAGAGUUCAGGUUCACUCUCCUUCAGCGGAUGGGAAUUGGGAUCAUCUUCGCCAUUCUCUCCAUGUUCACUGCAGGGUUUGUGGAGGGAGUGAGGCGGACACGGGAUACCGCAGUGACACAAACGUCGGUGUUUUGGCUGGCUGUGCCGCUGAUUCUGAUGGGACUCUGCGAGUCAUUUAAUUUCAUCGGCCAGAUCGAGUUCUUCAACAGCCAAUUUCCAGAGCACAUGCGAAGCAUAGCGAAUUCACUAUUUCCGCUCUCAUUUGCUGCCGCUAAUUAUCUGAGCAGCUUGCUGGUGACCACCGUCCAUAAAUUCUCAGGCACAAAAGACCAGCCUGACUGGCUGAACAAGGACCUUGAUAAAGGGAAACUGGAUUACUACUACUAUAUGAUUGCUGGUUUGGGAGUGGUUAACCUUGUCUAUUUCUGGUACUGUGCCAGAAAUUACCAGUACAAAGCCGGUCCACAAAGUGAAGACAUUAAAGAGGAAAAGCCUUUUCUAGACAUAUAACUAGACGAGCGACAUGAUCAAUCGACAAGUUAGAAUCUCUGUGCUUAGUCGUUCGUGCUGUUUGGAUACGAAUAUAAAGCUAUUAUAUUUGAUUAUAGCUCUCAUUGAAGGAAAAAAAAGAUCACUACUUCACAUGACGACGGUAAAAUUGAUGGCCACAAAAAACAAAAAGGUCAUAACAAAAACCGAGCAAUUGUCAAACAUUUCAAACACGAGAUUAGGCUUAUAUGAGUUAUA